AUGAACGGGUCAAGAUAUGGUGCACCUGAAUCCUGGGACAAACCGAUCCCCUUUCCCAAGAUCGAUGAGGAGAUAAGUAGUCAAGAGAAGGACCCCAAAGAUGCCACCCCCAAAUCCAAGAAACGGGGAGACGGUCAUCCAAGUCACAAAAGAUCGGUUUCAGGCAAUAUCCUCUCCCGCUUGAGUUUCCUGCGCACCAAUAGCAGCGACCAGGACAGGGGCGAUGGAGGUGGAAAUGACAAAGAUGGCUCAGACUCCUUCUCCACUGGGCGUGGCGCUAUGGCCGAGGCUCAGUUGCAGAGCAAGCGAAAGAGAAAGGGAUCUUUACGCAAAACCGUUCUGGGAAAGGGUCGAGAUCGAAAGGCUUCGGAGAUGAAGAAAUCGCCCCUAUCAAGCGCCAAUUCCACGCCCGUGCAAACACCCGUCCAGGAACAGGCACCAACUCCACGCUCAAGCAUAGACCUGUUGAGCCCCACGUCUCCAGAUUCGCCUCCCUCAUGGCCAUUCAGGACGCUCUCUAGAGUCUCGAUCCCUUCCAUUCGCAGCAGCAUUGCUUCACUGGAUCCAGCGUCUUCUGCCGCCUCGAUCAUCAGUCCCACGCUGGUGACCGACGCUUCUACCGACGAUGAAGACCUUGUCCAACCACGAAUGCCUUCUCUGCGGAAGAUUCCAUCCGUGGCAUCGUCCUUUGGAGAUUCAUAUUUUCCCAUUCAAGACCCGGUACGCCGUAUGUUUGGCUCUCGGGCUCGCUCUCCACUUGCCUCUCAGCCACAUUCGGUUGCGGGCACACCCCCGGGUGAAGAGGUCUGGGAUUACUCUGAGACUGCGUUCUGGGGCUAUGUCAUCUUGAUUGUGACCUGGAUCGUCUUCGUUGUGGGCAUGGGCUCAUGUUUCGGGGUGUGGUCUUGGGCUUGGGAUGUCGGAGAGACACCCUACGCACCGCCAGAGUUGGAAGAUGAUCCGACCUUGCCGAUUGUUGGCUACUAUCCCGCAAUGCUGGUCUUAACCUGUGUGAUGGCCUGGGUGUGGGUGGUGGUGGCUUGGGUCGGGAUGAAAUAUUUCAGACAUGCAGAUUUCAAGGGUGAUGAUUAA